AUGGCGGACCAAAGUGUUCAAGUUCGGCGUGGCGGAAAGUAUUGUGCAGCAGGAGGACCUGGGAACAUUAGUUGCACUAAUUCUACGUAUACACCAGGAAUUUGGAUGCAUCGUUUCCCGGUGGACGAGAGUCUAAAAGCAAAAUGGGUGAAAUUUGUACGUAAACAUCGACCAGCUUUCAAAACAACGUCUACUUCUGCUUUGUGUUCUGCACACUUUGAGCCAACAUGCUAUGUUAGACGACUGGAUAUUUCAGUCGGCUCUUCCGAUCUUCUACAAGACAUACCGACUUUAAAGAGAUUAGAAAAAGGUGCCAUUCCUACUAUUGAUUCUGUGGUUCCGUUGCAAAGUGUUAGACAAAAAACUCCUCGUGAACGAAGACAGAGAGACCAAAAUUCACAUGGAAAGUCUGAUGAUGAAAAUGAAUGUGAUGUAUCUUCAGAAAGUAACAAUGAAGAUGAUGAUUAUAAAACAACAGAAAACAAUGAAGAAUAUGGACAGUACCCAGACGAUGACGAAUCAAUGUGUGAAUCCUUAGACAGUGACUGGACUGCAAUGGAAGAAGAUACAUGUAGUGGGUCUGAUGAAGAAAGUCAGCCGAAAUAUGAACAACUUUUUGAUGUGAAGCCUGACACCAAACCACAAAAUGAACCAAAGUUCAUAGUAUUCUACUCUAUGCUUCUGAAGCUAUUUACAAUGUUCUGCUUUAAAUGCCGAGGUGGGAAACCCUCAGUGARAUUCCAAAAAUCUGGAACCAUGGUAACCAUAAAGCAGAAAUGUAAUGAYWGCCUGCAAUCAUUUGAGUGGGACAGUCAGCCCAUYUCAUCACUUGGAAAGUAUCCAUUGGGAAAUGUGCUAUUGAGCUUUUCUAURCUGAUGGCUGGAGCARCUAUCAGUAGGAUUAUGCUUGUCUUUAGACACUUUGGUCUUUGUGUGUACAGUUUGAMAAKAUACUUUGCUCACCAAAGAAAGUUGUUGUUCCCAACUAUUCUACAUCAUUGGGAAAUUCAGACCAAAAAAAUGGUUCAUCAACUAAUGAAUGUUAAAGACAACUUUUGGAGUGGUGAUGGAAGGUUCGACUCCAUGGGCCAUUCUGCAAAGUUUGGGACAUACUCAAUGUUCAGCUGUGAUCUUUCCAAGGUUGUGCAUUUCCAGUUAUUACAGGCAAACCAGGUAGGAAGCAGUCAGGCUAUGGAGCUCGAGGGUGCCAAAAGAUCUUUUGCAUUUCUUUCAAGUCUUGGCUUGAAAAUUAAGAAUUUCAUUUCUGAUCGGCAUAGAGGCAUUGCAAAGUGGAUCAGAGAUACUCAGCCGAAUACCCAGCAUUACUAUGAUAUCUGGCAUAUUGCCAGAUCAAUAACUAAGAAAAUGUUAAAGGCCAGCAAGGAAAAAGGGCUAGAGUGUCUCAAAGAUUGGAUGAAAUCAGCUAGAAACCAUCUAUAUUGGUGUGUUACAAGUACACGACUAAACUUCCAGGAUUUGAUCCAAGCGAAAUGGGAAUCUUUCAUUCGACAUGUCAGCAACAAGCACCAUAAGCAUCCAUCAAUGUUGUUCCCAAAAUGUAUCCAUGAGAACUUAAAACAACCUAGAAAAUGGCUGAAAGUUGGACAAAACAAACAACAAAAGAUGGCAGAACCUAUGUAA